AUGCCCGGAGCCCCCGGCCGCACCGGCCCCCGCGGCCGGGACGGAGCCGACAUGAGCCGGUGGCUCUUGCUGGGGAAGAUCGUGUCCUGCGCGGGCGAGGACUGCGAUCUGGCCCACACCAUUCCGGGUGCUGCGGCCGAUUGGAAUCAGGUUUAUGCGAGCAGCGUCGCUGGUCGCAUGAGCUCGCACUUGAUGGGCGCGGACUUUUCCUUCCCGAAAGGCUUGGAGCAUUUGAUCCAUGAGAAGGAGCAGGAUCGAUCCAAGUCCCGCACCGAACAAGCUGCGAAAGAAUGUCCGCUGGGUGUUUUGUACUUGAAGAUUGCAUACUUUUAUGGUCGGAACGGAGAUGCAUGUGAAUUGGAUGUCAUUGAUACCGAUGCCGCAGAGGAGAUUCAGAGACUCCUCAGCCUUUACCCCGCCUACGUGAUGGCGCUCUCCCGGUGGCCCAUCUUUCCAGUCUUGGCCUUCUACCGGCCUUUGCAUCAGAGCUUGGAGAACUUCACAGGAUCCAUGGCCUGCGACAACGUCAAGGGAGUCAUCGACUGGGACCAUUGUCGAGUCCAGGCUGCCCGGUGGAUUGAGCUGCAGUUUGGGGUGAACAAGACGGAGGAGGAAAAAGCAGAGCUCAUUGAAGUCCAACAAGACAUUGCAGAUCAAUUCUACGUCGUUCCGCGAAAGGCGCAUCGGCAACAGCAAGCCUACGAGGAAUGUCCGUUUGGCUUCUUCUACUUGGCCGCAACGCAACUGGUGGCGGCAGCUGGCAAGGGCACCAACCACAUGCCUCCUUUCAGUCGUAUCAUCGAUGAGGUCGUCUCCGAUUUGCCUUUUAUUCAGGUCAGCAGUUCUCCAUGGCCCGUGUGGCACGUGCUGGCCAUUUUUGCCGACAUGAACAAAGGCACCUGGUUUUGGGGCGGUGAUCGGAAAUACUUCCGGGGCUAUAGCGAUUGGAACCUACGACGGGAUGAGUUGAGCCCGUUGAUCUCGCCGCGUUUGGAGUUCCUCAGCUACGACUGGCAGAUCGAGGCCAUGCUGAAGGUGGAAGCUCUCAAGGCGAUGAGCCACAAGGACUACAUGCAGGCACUUCGGAGCUGGACCCGAAGCCGGGAAGAUUCCUGGGGGCCGUUGAGGCCCAUUGUGAUGGGGAUGAUCGAUGCCGCCUCCACCAUCGCCGCGCGGGCUCAGCAACAUCGGCUGGAGCGGCGCCUGGCUUACGUCGUUCUGCUCUACGGAGAUAGCUGGGCUGAUUUGCUGGGCCGUAUGACCAAGCGGAUGGCGCAGCUGAGUUUCCAAGAUCCUUUGUUGGUGAUUGCCAUCGAUGAAGCAGCGGAGGUUUGCCGAGCACUAGGGCGACAGAGCGAGGAUGUGAUUUGCUGGGUGCCAGAGACCGCCUCGCAAGUGCAUCGUUUCACUGGCAUUCAAGGCUUGAUUCAUUUGGGUAUUGAUGUGAUCUACCUGGACAUGGACACCUUCCUGCUGCGCGACCCCACGGCGCGCUUCCAGGCGGCUGCCGUUGGCUGGGAUGCGCUCUUCGCACGCCACGGGGAUGGUGACUGCGUCAACAUCGGGGUCUUCUACCUGAAGGCCAAUGGCCGGACGGCUGUUUGGAUGUCGCAAUUUCUGGCCUGGUAUCAUGACCACCCCUUCGAGAUCGAUCAGCGUGGCCUGCACAUCUUCUUGGGAUUGCCCUCCAUGCAGCUGGAGGUGGCGCACAUUCCGAAGGACCUCGUGCGGAUCCGCGGAUCCGUCUUGGAGGACUGGAACGAGGUGGUCAUUGGCGACAUAGGCUGGGUAGGAAGCUUCCCCAUGAUGCAGAUCUUCCACUGGUGCCAUCGGCCACUGGAGUUAAAAGUCCAUGAGAUGAAUUUGGCGUAUGACGCUGCUGAUGUUUUGGAAGACCAUGAGCUCCCACUCUCCUUGGCACUCUCCGUUGGCUCGGGCGCGGUGCCGGACUCUCCAUGGGCCAGGGUGGUGGCAGUGAAGUUUGUGUUCGAAAGUUACCAGCUGAAGGAAGCCGGUGCUGACCACGCAGCGACGACGAUCGACGUGCCCACCCAGAGCCGAAGUCACGAGGUGCCAUCUCCACCACCUGGCGGGCUCGCCUUCAUCCCACCCAUGCUGGGAAGCAGCCGUCGUGCACACAGUCCCAGGGCUUUGCACUACCAGGUACCCAUCGACCCCGAGAUUUUACGGAACCCCAUGGGCUUCAGCUGGACGCCGGUUGCAAUGUCACCACGUGCUGCCGCGUGGGCCCACGGAUGCCUCAUGUCGCUCUCCUUCCCCGACGCGCGUGGUGCAUCCCACCGGCUUCGCUGCUCGGCGAAGUCCUGGCUUUGGCUUCGCUCCGUUUGGGGGCGAUGGUGGGGAGGCUUGGCUCCCGGACCCGCCUCGGGCUGCGAGAGCAUAUUCGCCCUCGCCCAUCAGCUUCGCGAGGGCGCCGAGCAUGGCCACUCGGACAAGGGGCGCUCCGCCGAAGGCGGCCAUAGGUGCUCCUGUGGCCAGGACUUUGGCCUGAUGUUUGCCCAUACUGAGAUGCGCAUCACUGCGGAAGGGCAUGCGACGGAGCUGAAAUCCAAGGAGGCGGCGAAGCCGCCCUAUCUUGGCAGCAGCUUUGGUGGCUAUGGCGCCUACAAUGGCGGCAUGGGUGGUAGCCUGGGUGGCAUGGGGGGCCAGGUUCCUGUGAGCCAGGUCCCUGUCAGCAAUUCCUAUGGCCAAAGCUCCUAUGGCCAAAGCUCCUAUGGCCAAGGCUCCUAUGGCCAAAGCCCCUAUGGCCAAAGCCCCUAUGGCCAAAGCCCCUAUGGCCAGGCCAACGGCUAUGGCCAACCCUUAGCACACUCCGGAACCGCGGGGGGGGUUCACACAGCCUACCAACCGACUGAAACAGAACUGCACAUGCCUUUGAAUGCCAACGUGGAGCUGGAGUCUGACGAUGGCAUCUUCAUGAGUUCGAAGCCUUCCUCCCCACGACCCGAGAACUACGACUACGACGACAACACCGUUCUGGGAAUGGCAAACUAUGUCUACAAGGGCAGCGCCAGAGAAACGAGAGGUUGCACGAUGGCUCUUCUUGUCUUCUCGACUGCUCUCAUCUUCGUGGGCUUCGAAUGA